AUGCAUCCUAUUGUGCUUGGGGUUGCCAUCGGGACCAUGGUCUUGAUGGUUAUAGCACUUGUCGUACGAAUCUUUACCAAGGCUUUCCUUCUACGAGAGGUCAAGCUUGAGGACUACUCCGCCAUCUUGGGCACGUGGAACUACCUCGCCGAAAUAUCCUAUGCUUCCACCAUGUUCCUUGCCAAAUCCUCGAUUCUCCUCCAGUUCAGACGCAUCUUUUGCCCCGGCUCUCGAAGAGAUUCCAUCUGGUGGUGCAUCCACAUCCUCUUGUUCCUUAACGCCGGCCAUUCGUUUUCUGCCAUCUUUACCUACACCUUCCAGUGCACGCCCCGCGAGAAGGCAUGGAAUCCCUUGAUGGAAGGGCAUUGCAUCAACAUUGCAGCAGCGAUUAUCUUUGGAGGAGCAAUGAAUUUGUUUCUGGAUUUGGGCAUGUUGAUCACCCCUAUUUGGGCGAUCUUUCGGUUGCAGUUGCCUAUGAGGAGGAAGGUUGGCGUUUCGGCGGUGUUUGCCGUCGGUAUCUUGACCUGCGCUAUAGCAACCGUUGGCGUCGUCGUCCGCAUUCCCCUCCUUUCCGACCCCGACCUGACCUGGAUCAUCACAAAAGUCGGCAUCUGGACUAUGAUCGAGUAUUGCGGCACGAUUCUCGUCGGAUGCAUGCCUUCGUUCCCCCGCUUCUUCCUCUUCCUGCGGGGCAAAGAGCCAUCGAUCACGAACAAUGCGACCCGUGGCUCUUACACCACCCGAUCGAGGCCGAAGACAGCCGGAAGCACAAAGUCGAACGUGACGGGGAAGAGACCAUGGACGGGACACAGUCACUCUAUGAGCACCAAAACUGUGAACUCACACGUAUAUAAGGACUCUAAUGCGACAACAGCCGUGGGAGUCGCCAGUCCUCAAUCCCAAUCAGCAAAGAGGCUGAUUUCCCCAACUCAAAGCAUUACCUCCAGCAACACCUUUGUCAGCCCGAUAAGCCCGAUGUCCCCGGUCUACGGGUCGCCAAUCAACAACAGCUAUAACAGCAGGAGGAGGGACUCGGAAAUGGAAAUGGGCCUCCACGUAGGAGUAGGCAUCGCCAUAUCGACCGACCGUUACGAAGAACCUUUUGCCAGCCCGCCUCGCACCCCGCGCAGGCCAAGCUACGGCCACAGCUACGGAGAUCUGGAAAUGGGAUACGGAGGAUACGGUCCAGGGCCAGGGCCAGCGGUGACAAGACCGCGACAAGCCAGCCAUGGCACAAUCAGGAGCAACAGAAGUGUGCAGUCGCAAACGCAGAGAUAUCACAGCAGGUGGAACUCUUCGGUAUCAGCGGCGUCGGAUAUGUCGGGGUCAUUUGGGGGUCGGUAUGGGAUUGGGACGUACUAUGAGGAGGCGAGUGGGGAGGAUGAUUGGUCGCCUUUGGAUGGUUCAACGGGAGGAUAUCCAAUGCCGGGCGGGAUGAUUUGA